GAAAGAAACAAAUUAACGAUACAUUCAGCAUUCUUUUCUAAGCAUGGAAGACGAGCUAAAAUAAAUUUAUCUUUCAAAAAUGGAAUUGGAUGCAGUGAACGCCUUAACUGAAGCGGAGGUACAAAAAAACAAUCAAAAAGCACAGAAGAUACCGGCUGCUGCUGACAUUGCAAGUGCACCCAAGAACUAUAGGAAACGCAAACGCCAUCACUACAAUGCUAUACGUAAACAAAUGGAAUUCUACUUCGGUGAUGCCAAUUUAUUGAAGGACCGGUUUCUGAAGCAACUAAUCGACAAAGAUCCAUAUGUGCCGCUGGAGAUAUUUCUAAAUUUUAACAAGUUGAAAGCGCUUACCACAUCAGUAGAAGAUAUCUCCAAAUCCCUAUCAAACUCUGAAUUGCUCGAGUUAGAUGAGAAACAGUUAAGAGUUAAGCGUAAAACUGCACUGCCCGUGGAGCGUAAUGUCGACAACAAAACACUCUACGUGGAAGCUUUACCUGCUGCAGCUGAUCACGACUGGGUGCGUCAAGAAUUUGAGCGUUUUGGUUCAGUAGUGUAUGUCUCGCUGCCGAAGUAUGCCAAAUCACGAAAAAUCAAGGAAUUUGGGUUCGUUGAGUUCGAACAGGAGAGCAGCGUUGAGAAGGCUAUUAAAGCAUUUCAAGAAUUUAAUGGUGUACUGAGAAUGCAAGAAACUGAUCCAGCUGAACUACAGAGUGUAAAGUCGUUCAUUAAAGAACAAAAUGAAGAUAUCGCUGGUGAAAAAGUUGAGACUGAUGUCGAGCAAAAAAAAGCAAAAAAACUAAAACGCGGUUCCGAUGAUGCUCCGGACUACGGAGGAACUGAAAUAAAAAAGGCAAAAAUAGAAAAUGAUGAAAACUCCACAGCAACCGAAACAGGGAAUACUACAAAUGAUGAUACCGAAAAUCAGCAAAAUGAUGGCGAGGAGGGUAAUAACAAAAAGAAACGACGCAAAAAGAAGAAAAAAUCAAAAACGUUAGAAAAACGAAGAAAGGAAACCGAUUUAAAUACUGAUGCCUCGUUUUAUGAGUUAAAAGUACUUCCAAAACGCGAUUGGAAGCGCCUACGCAACAAAUACUUGAAUUUGCAACGAGAAAAGGUUGCAGAGCUGAAGCGCAAAGCAUGGAAAGAGAAGCAGCAGCAACAAGCUAGUGAAGGUGCCGGUUCAGAAACGUUAGACGCUUCAGCACCGCCUCCAGUAAAGAAGCCGAAACCAAAUGAACGAAAGCUCCGAAAAAUGAAUAUGAAUUUCUACGGCGCCGGCGAGGAGGAAGCCAAAUCACAACAAAAGGAGUUGAAACAUAAUCCAGCAUUGGAGCGCGCUCCGCUCUUCAGCUACGCGGAAGGACUAAUAGUGGAAAUAGGCUUCUUGAAUCCUUGCGUCAACAUUAAGGAAUUUAAGGCUGAUAUGCGCCAAUACGAGACAGUGAAGUAUGUUGACGUCAAAGAGGGUGCCAUGCAUGCGUAUUUACGCUUAGAUACUGCCGAUGCGGCAACUGACUUUGUGGGACAAGUUAGUUGUGCGGAAUACAAUUGCAAGGUGCUCAGCGGCGAAGCAGAACUAGAGUAUUGGAAAAAGAUUGAGACAGAUCGUGAAAUGAAACUGAAUAAACAAGUAAAAAUUCCACAGAAGAGGGGUAGGGAAAAGGUUAAAAAGCUAGUAACGAAACAUAUUCGUUUCGGCGAAUUUGAUGAAUAAGGUAUCUACGCGGUCUAUUUGAGUUCUUUUUGAAAGAAAAUGUAACUGAAUUUAAUGAAAUUUUAUCAAAUAAAAUACUAAUAUACCCUUAAAUCUAA